CGUCCGCUACCAGGAGGCCUGGCUGUUCUGAAAAGCUUCUGUUGAGCUGCACUCCACAACAGCAACAAGCAAAGCGUUCGAGUGCCAAACUCCACACAAAGCAUGUUGGUUUAAUGUCAGCUGACGUGAAGUAAUUAGCCAAAAGGCUGCUGGCGGCCCUGAUGACUCGUGUGAGGCCGGUUUCCAGGAUAACGAGCCUCACACUGCGAGCACACAACACACCAAUUACAUUUUUUUUAAGGAAUUCCCUCGAACGGGUAACAGCCACCCACCGACUCCGUCCCCACACAAACACUUUACAAAUCCAAACCUCUGCCUGUGCACCGAGCUGAGGGCCGCGCUUUCUUCCGGGGGCCUUUUCUUUGCUACCUGCCACAAACACGCCUCGCAGCUGCUAUUUUGGCGUCGGUCACCUGUUGACCUGACAGACAAGUGUGCACAUGUCAGCUGCAGGUGGAGACUCUCAGCGGGGAGCGAGGCUGCGGGCGCUGGCUCGCUCAGUCGGAGCCCAGGAUAACACAGCGCUGAGGGACUGCAGAUGCAGCUGGUUCCCUGAGGUUUCGUGAGACACAGGUCCGUUUUCUGAAGGAACCAUCGGCUUUUUUCAGGUUUCACACAUUUCUCCCCUGGUCCUGCCUCUGUGAGCAGACACAUUCAGGCUUCACCCUGGAGGUUUCUCCUCAAAAGAUGUACGGCCUGUACUUAGAAGCAGUGAACGAUUACAUCAACGAAUCCUACGGGGAGGAUGUGUGGAGGCUGAUCGAGAACCGAGCGGAGAUCCCGCACCUCAAGUUCGUCAGACAUCAGAUGUACAAUGACAACCUGAUCCUCCGACUGGCGAAGGCCGCCGGCGAGGUUCUGGGAAAGACCCACGAUGAGCUGAUGUACGCCUUCGGGGUCUACAUGGUGAAGAGGAUCGGAAACUACGGAUACGAGCGGAUCCUGAAGGUGUUGGGCCGAAAUGUGCGCGACUUCAUCAACGAGCUGGACAACCUGCACGAGUACUUUCGCUUCUCCUUCCCCAAAGUGCAGCCGCCGAGCUUCUGCGUGGAGGAGGAGUGCGAGACGAGCCUCACGCUUCACUACCGCAGCACCCGCAAAGGUUUCACCCAGUUCGUCAAAGGGCAGCUCUCUCAGGUGGGACGACAGUUCUACAACACAGACAUCGAGGUGGAGAUCCUGUCCAAAGAGGAGACGGAGAAAAUGACGUAUGUGGUUUACAAGAUGAACUUCGACAACGCGGCCUUCAAGCACCGCAUGCCGCAGCAGAAGACGGCGCCGAGCUACGAGAAGCUGCCGAUGAAGCGCGGCAUCUUCUUCGACAUGUUCCCCUUCAGCGUCAUCUUCCGCCGCGACAUGACCAUGUACCGCGUCGGCGACGGCCUCAAGGAAGUGUUCUCCGACCUCCAGGGCAAGAAGGUGGACGAGGAGUUCGCGCUGGUCAGACCGAUGCUGGAGUUCAGCUGGGACAACAUCUACACUCACCUGAACAACGUGUUCGAGCUGAUGUCUAAAGCCGUGGUGGAGAGCAAGCAGAAGGUCAACAUCCCCAAACUGAACAAGGAGGAGCCGGAGGAGAAGGAGGAGAGCGAGAAGGCAAAGAGGGAAGAAGAGAGAGAGCCAAAGUCAGUGGAGGAGAUGAAGGACACGGAACAGGAGUACAGCAGCAAUGCCACCCAGUACAACAGCAACGCCAACUCUGGAAUGGAGGAUAUUGAGCUGCUGGCUUUCCAGACCAUCACCGGAAAGUGCAGUGAGACCAUCUUCGAGGACGUGAGGGAGCCUCCUAAGAAACCUCUGCAUCUGAAGGGCCAGAUGAAAUACGUCCCCCAGUGGGACUCGCUCAUCUUCCUGGGGACGCCGAUCAUCGAGACGGUGGAGGACAUGAUUAAAAUGGGAGUCUACGUGAACGACCUGAACCUGCACGAUUCCAGCAGAGAGCUGAUUCUGGCCGGGACGCAGCAGUCGGCCGAGCUGCAGCUGGCUCUCGAUCAGGAGCAACAGAAAUACGCUCAGCUGAUGGAAAUCAUCAAGAAGCUGGACGAGGAGAAGAAGAGAGGCGACUCUCUGCUGUACGCCAUGAUCCCCAAAGCUGUGGCCGACCGCCUCCGGAAGGGGAUCACGGCUCUGGAGACGUGUCAGGUGUUCCCAGAUGUGACCAUCCUGUUCAGCGACGUGGUCAAGUUUAACGAGAUCUGCAUCCACAUCACGCCCAUGCAGGUGGUGGACAUGCUCAACGAGAUCUACAUCGUCUUCGACACGCUGAGCGAGAAGCACAACGUCUACAAGGUGGAGACGAUCCGUGACGCCUACAUGGUUGUGGCCGGCGUGCCCAACAAGACGACCUUCCACGCACACCACACCUGUGACAUGGCCCUGGACAUGCUGAGCUCCAUCGACCACCUGAAAGACCCGUCCACCGGGGACAACAUCCAGAUCAGAGUCGGUAUUCACUCAGGGAUGGUGGUGGCCGGCGUCGUGGGCCUGAAGAUGCCUCGCUACUGUCUGUUCGGCGACACAGUGAACACGGCCUCGCGGAUGGAGAGCAACGGAGUGGGCAUGCAGAUCCACAUCAGUCAAACCACCAAGGAUCACCUGGAGCACGAGCCCUACAUCAUCGAGGAGAGGGGGAAAAUAUUUGUAAAGGGUAAAGGCUACAUGAAGACCUACUGGCUGAAAGGAAAGAAGGAUCUCUCGUUCAAGUCCCCGGCGGAGCUGCGCUACAGCGGCGAGCAGAAAGACUCGGAGGAGAAGAGCUCUAAUGGCUCCGCAAGCCCCAAUACCAAACGCAUGGCGUCCAACCUCAACAUCGCCAAAAGCGACGAGCAGGCCGAGGGCAAGCCGAGCCCCAGCGACCUGCCCCUGGACACCCUGCCCCUGCCCGAGGCCGCCACCGAGCCCCGCAGCAUCUCGGCCGAGCCGCAGGACAAAGAGAAAGCCAAAAAGACUAAGAUCAGCAAGGUGUCCCGGCUGGAGGUCCCGCAGGCAAUCGCAAUAGUGGAGGAUUUGCUGCCCGUGGACGGGCCGGAGAACCCGGGUCCUUUCCUCAACAUCAAGAGACACAGCUUCAGGCAGCAGUACGCCAAGCUGCCCACCAACCUGCCCAUGCGCAGCGCCUCCUGCUCCGUCCUGUGAGAGCGAGGUCGCGGUGGGAGGACGAGACAGCGCCAUCAUGUGACGAGGGUGUGAAGUUUAAUCAGGGGGCCACACAGACGGCUGCAGACGAUCUGUAUUUUCACGUCAUGUCCGAGGGCUGUGACAGAUUUUUGGCUUGUUAUUACAUCCAGAGUCGAACUAAAGUUUCCUGGCAACUUAAACUAAACACCAACGCUAACUUUUAAACAUUUCCCACUAAAGUUCAGCUGCACAGUUCAGGUUUUAGCUGAAGAAAAACCCUCUACUCUGAUAUCAAAUGGAUAAAAGCUGCAUGUUAUUUUUGAUAAGCAUCCAUGUCACUGGUUUUACUGCUACAGGAAAAAACACUCAAACCUGUAAUGACAACAGAUGACAGGAUGUUUAGGAGAAUGAAACUAAACCCAUUAUCUAACACAUAAUCUGACCAAGCCUCCACAUUACGGAAGCUUCAUUUCAUUCGCUGAGAUGAGACGUGAUAGGUUGUAUUUUAUAGAAAGUAGACGAAUCGUCAGCGUAGAUGUUUCACAACAUUGUCUUCAUGAGUUCGAGCCUCUGAUUGUAACCGACUGCAUUUCUUUCACUGCAUGACAGUGUGUCUAUUUAUAUAAAACUGUAUGUACAGCCA